AUGGCAGAGGAGAGAGGUAUUCCCCCAGGCACCUGUCCAGUGAAACUCAAUGAACGUAAUCAGUGUUUUAAAGUCUUCAGCACAAAAUCUAACCUUACUCAGGAUGAGAAAAUUCAUACUGGAGAAAAACCCUAUGAUUGCAAUCAGUGUGGCAAAUCCUCCAGCAGCGGAUCUUACCUUACUAUUCAUAAGAGAAUACAUAAUGGGGAGAAACCCUAUGAGUGCAAUGACUGUGGGAAGGCCUUCAGUAAUCCAUCAACCCUCAGACUGCAUGUGAGAACUCAUACUGGAGAAAAACCCUAUGAGUGUAACCAGUGUUUUCAUGUCUUCUGCACCAGAUGUAUCCUCAAAAGGCACAAGAGUAUUCAUAUGAGGGAGAAUCACCAUGAAUGUAAUCAGUGUGGCAAGGCCUUCAGCUCAAGCUGCUCCCUUACUGUGCACAAUAGAAUCCAUACAGAGGAGAAGCCUUAUGAAUGCAGUGAUUGUGGGAAAACCUUUAGGAAGAGCUUACAUCUGAUGCAGCAUGUGAGAACUCAUACUGGAGAAAAACCCUGUGAAUGUAAUGAUUGUGGAAAAUCCUUCAGCAGUAGCUAUUCUCUUACAGUGCAAAAGAGAGUACAUAAUGGAGAUAAACCCUAUGAAUGUAGUGACUGUGGGAAGGCCUUUAAUAAUCUCUCAGCUGUUAAGAAACAUGUGAGAACUCACACUGGAGAAAAAUCCUAUAAGUGUAAUCAUUGUGGAAAAUCUUUCAGCAGUAACUCCUACCUUUCUGUGCACAAAAGAAUCCAUAAUAGGUAG